AUGGUAGUGUUUCAGGACAAAGUGAAAAUUGAGUGCUUUCAAUAUAAUGACUCAGAGACAUAUUUCUACCCCUACCCCUGUGGAUAUCAUUAUAAAAAUGAUCAGUUCAUGUGUGGAGAAACAGUCCUAGCACCUUCAACCAACAAAGAGUUAGUUAAAUGA